AUGGCUCGGAGCUGUGGGACUUGUAGAGACCGCCGGAUCUUGUGCGAUCGUGCGGCGCCCACCUGUACGCAAUGCGCUCGGUCGAACCGGGUCUGCAAGGGGUACGGCAUCCGUCUAUCAUGGCCGAAAUCAAACGAUGCGAGACGAGCUUUGGUGGGGAGGGUGUCUCAUGGCCGAAGGACAGCCCGCCCGCUGGCCUAUUCUACUCUGGUCAAUGUGUCCGACUUUGACAUCAAAAUGCACUACUUGCUCUCCCAUGGAUGCCCGUCCCACGGCGGCUCACUUUCUCUCAAAAUCCCCGUUCCAUUCACUGCGUUGACAUAUACCGAUACAGAUGCCCAGCUACUCGAAUACUUCGAAUCCACCGCGUCGAAAUCCCUCGCCAUCCUCAGCCACAGCCCAAAAGACCUAGGCCGCACUCUCCUCCGCAUGGCUUUAAUCAACAACUCCCCCUCCUCCACCGCCGUCCUCCGCGGCCUGCUCGCCCUCGCCUCCAUUCACCGCUACGGCCUCCAACCCCAGGGUUUCGAGCUCAAGAUAUCCGCAAUAAAGGCCCUCGGUGAAGCCUCGCAUUCCGCCAUCGGUCCUGCGGAGGCCCUCCAGCAUGUCGCCGCUGGAAUUCUCCUGUGCUCAUUCGAAAUCCACAAGGCGUCGUGCACCUCGUCGCAGUGGUGGUGCUUCGUCACCGGCGUGAGGCAGGUCCUCAAUGCUUCCUGUUGGCUGCAGUUCCGCCAGGACGGUACCUUUUCUGCGUUGUUGGAUUGGGUAUUCUACCACGAGACGUUGGGGCGGUUUAGUCUCUUGCAUUGGCGGCCGACCCUGCACGUGGAGGAAGAGCCCCAAUCGGCUGUGGACUCGGGUCUAUGUAUAUUUGUCGACAAAUUAGUACCAUCGCCGUCAAACACGCUGCUAUGGCUAUUCAAGCAGGGCUGCUAUCACCUCGCGUCAUCCACGGAUCCCGCUGAAUGUAUCGAGCCCCUUCGCGCCCUGGCUCGAGAAAUACAAGACACCACCCUCCUUGACAGUCCAGACCCGACCCUCGAGCUCUUCCAACUAUCUAUCCUCGUCUACCUCAACCGAAUGACAAACUCGGCCCUCGAACCCAACCUCGCCACCCAAGCCCGCAUCACCCGCGCCUUCACCAUCUUCACCACACUCAAGUCCUGUCCGCGCCAACUCCCGCUAUUUAUCAUCGGUUGCGAGGCGCGUACGGAUGAAGAGCGGUGCAUUAUCCUCGAACUUAUAGACCGGACAGAGGCCGCGGCGUCCUCACGGUCAACGUUCAUCGUCAAGGCGCUGACCAAGGCCGUCUGGGUGCAGGACGACCUUGCCGGGGAGCGAGAGCUGGAUUAUCGGGAGAAGAUGAACGCGAUUGUUAGUGUCUGUUCGCUUUUGCCGACGUUUGUAUAA